CUCAUUCAUUCCCCCGUGCGGCCGCCUGUGCUCCCGUGGCCCCAGCGGGGAUUCAGUCGGGGCGGGCGUUGAACGGCAUCGCGCUCGGGGUACGGAGCCGGAGUGGGCUCUCCUGCCGGUGGGAUGAGGAGUGAUUCGAGGGAGGGGACCCUGAGCGCCGCCAGGCAGCCUGCUGGAAAGCUGCCUCGGGGCCGAGGGGCCCUUGGCCGGCUCACCUGCAGCGCGGGCCUCCCCAUGGCGCCGGUGCGGCCUCAUUGGGUUUUCCUCCAGCGGGAGAGCCGGCAGCAGGGAUCUGGAAAGCAGCGUGCGACUCCCAGUUGCCCUGGGACUUGAGAGGCGAGGGUGCGGUGGGACCCAGCGGUGUGCAGAGAGAAGCAAGGGCGGGCGGGAGCUAGGAAACAGACUGGGCCAGCGUGGCUGGGGGAAGCCGAGGGUACCGGCCAGGGCCUGGAGAACUUUGUGUUUUAGCCCAAGAACCAUGGCAGAGCCCUGGAAAGAAUUUUAAGAUGAGUGUGUCCAUUCGGGUCAGUGUGGGUGAAGUGGGAGGAAAGGCCUGGGGUGGCCUCCGGGGCAGAGGGUGCUGGUUAGCCUGGCCGGAGGCUGUGGACACGGAGCGGUAGGUUCCCAGUGCGUUUUGAAGGGCGGGCAGGCAGGGCCCGGAGAUGCCGUGGCUUGGUGGGGCGUGUGGGGGUGGCCAGGCGGUGUUGGGGAUGACUCCCACAUUGCUGGCACGAGGAAAUGGAGGGAUGGAGAUGCCAUUUGCCACACUGGACGAUGGAGGAACAGGUUGAGGUCUGAGACGCUCGAGGGGCACGAUGGUGUGACAAGCGGGUGUGUGGGGGCCAAAUCCCACGAGAGAAGGGUUGGGAGAUGCAUCUGAGAGCCAGGGGCAUCUGGAUGCGGUUUCACACCCUGUGCCUCAGCUUUGUCAAGGUGCUCAGCUACUUGAGUGAGAUCCUCUCCACCAUGGCCAGACACCCUCGGAGCAGCAGGGCAUGGCACUUUGUCCUAAGUGCAGCUCGACGAGAUGCUGAUGCCCGGGCUGUGGCUCUGGCAGGCACCGCUGACUGGGGUUAUGACUCUGAUGGGCAGCACAGCGGUGCAGACUCUGACCCCGAGUGCCCGUCCCUGCCGCCAUCCGUCCCCAGCGCUGUGCCCGUGACCGGGGAGUCCUUCUGCACGUGCGAUGGCCAGAGCGAGGCCCCUCUCUGCGACAGCCUGCACACCGUGCGCCGGGGCAAGGACUGCCGCUGUGGAGAGGAGGACGAGUGUGAGCCCCAGGGCAGCGCCAGGUGGGGGGGCACCCGGGCCCAGGCGGUCACAGCCGGGGCUUCUUGUCUUGCAGACUUCGACUGGGUCUGGGACGAUCGGCACAAGUCCUCAGCUGCUCUGCUGAGCUGCGACGACCGCAAGGUCCACUUCCACACGGAGUACAGCUGUGGCACGGCGGCCGUCCGGGGCACCAAGGAGCUGGCUGAGGGCCAGCACUUCUGGGAGGUCAAGAUGACCUCGCCUGUUUACGGCACUGACAUGAUGGUGGGCAUCGGGACCUCGGACGUGGACUUGGACAAGUACCACCACACCUUCUGCAGCCUGCUAGGCCGCGACGAGGACAGCUGGGGCCUCUCCUACACGGGUGUGUGCCGGGGCCGGGGCCGGGGCCAGGCUGCCCGGGCUGCUGGGCUCACCCCGCUGCUGUCCCCAGGGCUCCUGCACCACAAGGGAGACAAGACGAGCUUCUCCUCGCGGUUCGGCCAGGGCUCCAUCAUCGGGGUGCACCUUGACAGCUGGCACGGCACGCUGACCUUCUUCAAGAACCGGAAGUGCAUAGGCGUGGCGGCCACCCGGCUGCGGAACAGGAGCUUCUACCCCAUGGUCUGCUCCACGGCCGCCAAGAGCAGCAUGAAGGUCAUCCGCUCCUGCGCCAGCCGCACCUCCCUGCAGUACCUGUGCUGCUACCGCCUGCGCCAGCUGCGCCCCAACUCGAGGGACACGCUCGAGGGCCUGCCCCUGCCGCCCGGCCUCAAGCAGGUGCUGCACGACAAGCUGGGCUGGGUGCUGAGCAUGAACUGCGGCCGCCGCAAGCCCCCUGCAUCCUCGCCCGCGGCGGCGGCCCACGGCGGCAGCCCCGAGCCCAGGCCCGGCCAGAGGAAGCGCCGCCGACGGACCUAGGCUGGCUCCCGCUGAGCACGGCCGGCUCGGGCCGGGACCGCCUUCCGUCCUUUCCUUCCGGCCACUCUCCCAGGCCACGGAGAGGAAGGAGUCGGGCCAAGGUCUGUCUGGGGUGGCCCGGCCACCUCGCAAGGUCACAGGCCGCGUGACCCUGACCAACCCUGCCUGGGAAGUGCCUGAGCCCCCCUGGCUUCCUGUGCCCAGUGGGGGCGGCCGCUGCCCACCCGAGCCUCCCGGGAGAGGGCGGCAGGCCCGGCCUGGGGCGGCCACUCUGAGCCCUGCCCGCUCCGGCUGCACCCGGGCCCCUGCCCUCCCGUGACCCACUCUGCAUGCUGCCCACUGCUCCUCUGUCCCGAGGACGUCCGAGUCCCUGUGAGAAACGUGGCGUUUACACAUCCGACCCCCGCAGAAGCCGUAAAAUUAAACAAAUCCAGACGAGG